UCUUUGGGCCGGGCUCAUGCAGCGAGCGUAGUGUCUCUGUUUGGAGGCAUUAGGACAGCAAGAGAUCAGAGCAGCAUUCAUGUAGGGGAGCUGGUGGCCGUUUCACGCUGAACCUCUAUCAGUCACCUGCACCAGUGUGGUCCUGCGCAGUUUUCUGGGCAGAAAGAAGCAGCAGGGGGAGGGAUGAGACGUGGGAGAAGAAGAGAGAAAAUGGCGAUGGAGGGGCCUAGGUAUCAACCGCCUACCCUCGUCCCAUUGCUGAUGAGCGUGACAGCUGUGUUGAUCUCACACCACGUCUUCAACGCCGCUGCACAGAUACCAGACCCCGAGCUUCUGCCAACAGAUCCUCCAAAAAAGCCAGAUCCAGUCACUUCAGAAACGGUGGUGUUUUGGGGCCUUCGAUUAUGGCAGGUUGUAGGCAUUUUCUCCAUGUUCAUCCUAGCAAUUAUAAUAACACUGUGCUGCAUCUUCAAAUGUCGAAUUCCACGAACGAAAAAAGAGAUAGAGGCUCGGAACGUACAAAGACAAGCAGCAAAAACGUAUGCCAACACACUGGAGACGGUGCCCCCCCUCAACGAACUCACAGAGGUGCCGGGUGCGGCUAAGCCUGAGAAGAAGGAGGAGGUGCCAACCGUUGCGGGCAAGGUUGAUGCUGAGAAGGGAACGAAAGAAGAAAGAAAAAAGAAGGCAAAAAAGGAAGGCAAGGGUGCAAAAGAAGGAAAAGAAGGGAAGGGAGAAGAGAAGGAGGAAACCACAAAGAAGAAAGGGGAAAAGGGGGAGAAAGAAGCAUCGAAGAAAGAGGCAUCGGAUGGAGGGAAAGGUAAAAAGGGAGGUGGAGAGAAAGGGGGAGAGAAAGGAGAAGAAAAAGGAGGGAAAGGAGGCGGAGCAAAGGGCGGUGCCAAGAAGCCUGCAAAGAAGUGAACAUUUAGUCACCUUAAUGGUGUGUGCUAAACUUUCAUUAGCCAUUUUUUAUUUUAUAAUUUUUUUGUAAGAAAAUUUAUAAAAGCACAUUUACAGCAUAUUUAUUUUAUUGUAAAUUGUAAAUAUUGACAAUAAAUGAUUCUCUGUUAAUUAUACAUUUUCAUUUAUUAUUCACAUGAUACACAUGAUCAGCACUAAAAUAUACAACACUGGUGUACAUAGAAAAGUUAGUUUGCAUUAAUGUAUCAAACAACAUCAACAACAACAGAAAUUCAGAUUUUUGCAGAAA